AAUCAUUUAAGGUUUAAAUGGACACAACGUGUUAAUUAUACAUUGUUGUUUUCCAAAGUGUUUUAAAGUUAAUUCAUUCUUAUUAAAUGCUACAUUGGAAUACUUUAUCUAACAUGAACGUAAUUUGUGUGAGGAAAGUGUAUCAACACCAGUGACAGAAAGGGUGUCUCAUUUCACUCUCUGUGAAGCAGACUAUUAUAAACAAGACUUCAUUCAGUCAUAGGAGGUUUUUUUCCCCGAAACUGCUGCUCAAAACAACAACAACAGACAGUUAAUUAACUUUAAACAAUAAGUUUUUUGUGUUUGUGUGUAAAGUGUAAUUUUUUAUGUAAUGUAGUAAUAGAUAACACUAAUUGAAACUAAACAUGAAGAGCCAGCUGUAAUCUGUAUUCUUCGAUUUAUUUGCUAAAUUAUUAUUUGUUGUUAAAAUGGUUUUGUUUUUGGCUAAUCAGGCCAUUUGAGGCAGUUAACCAUCACUAUGACUGACUCCCUUACAAGUGUGCUGACUACUGCACAAGGGAACUGAUUGAGACACCCAGAGAUUUAGUUCACAUUUAUUUUUUUCUCUGAUAAUUAUUCUUAUCUUAAACAGCAUCCAAACACACACACAGAACAAACUCCUGGGGAAUCAAUUGAGAUCCAUGUGACACAAUAUUAUAAAGAUGGUGUUUAUUAAAAAGGAGAGAAAAGACAUGAAAACUGGAGAAGAAUACGGAGUUAAAUAUCGAGAUAUUGGGCAACAAACUGAGAUGAAAUUUAUUAAAGAAGAGAGUGAAGAUAUGAAAACUGAAGAAACAUUCAGAGUUCAACAUCAAGAUACUGGGCAACAAACAAAGAUGGUGUUUAUUAAAGAGGAUAAUGAAGACAUGAAGAUCAAAGAAACAUUCAGAGUCAAACAUGAAGAUACGGAGUUGAAAACAGAUCUGAUACCACUGAAAGAGGAGCAUCAGCAACUGAAUGAAAUGGAAGAUAAUUGUAAGAUACCUCACAAUUUCACUGGAGAACAUUUGUUUAAUUGCUCACAGACUAAAAAGACUUAUUCACAAAAAAGAGCUCAAAAGACAGGAGUACAAAGUCAUUUCACCUGUCAACAAUGUGGAAAGAGUUUCACUACAAAAGGAAACCUAGAUGCCCAUAUGAGAAUUCACACUGGAGAAAAGCCUUACACCUGCCAACAAUGUAGUAAGAGUUUCACUACAAAAGGAAAUCUUGACAUUCAUAUGAGAAUUCACACGGGGGAAAAGCCUUACACCUGCAAACAAUGUGAAAAGAGUUUCACUACAAAAGGAAAUCUUGACGCCCAUAUGCGAAUUCACACGGGGGAAAAGCCUUACAACUGCCAACAAUGUGGAAAGAAUUUCACUAAAAAAGGAAAUCUGGAUUCCCAUGUGAGAAUUCACACUGGAGAAAAGCCUCACACCUGUAAACAGUGUGGAAAGAGUUUCACUAAAAAAGGGAACCUUGACCACCAUAUGAAAAUUCACACAAGAAAGAAGCCUUAAAGAGAUAUUCCACCCCAAAAUGAAAAUGGUCAUUAAUCACUUACCAUCAUGUCAUUCCAAACCCAUAAACACUUUGUUCAAUAAUUCCACUAGUCUGUGUCUCUCCACAUCAGUGUAGCACCAUUUUGGAGAAUAUGAGCUGAACACAAACUGCAUACACUCUUCUGUGUCAGCCACACUGCACUAAUGGACUGUUUUCUUACAAAUCAAAGCAAAUAGAUGCAGAAAACAUAUCCUUGUGGCAUGGCUGACACAGAAGAGCGUACACCGUUUGCGUUCAGAUCAUACUGUCCAAAAUGGCGCUAUGGUGAUGUGGAGAGACAGAGGAGAGGGGAAAUGUUGAAUAAAGUCAUUAGUUUGUUUUCUUCGUGUACAAAAAGUAUUCCUGUCGUUUCAUAAUGUUACGGUUGAACCACUGAUGGCAGAUGGACUAUUCUUAACAUGCUUUUCUGGACCUUGACAGUGUAUUUUACUUGGGAGUCUAUGGGACAGUCACAAGCCUCCCGAUUUAUAUCCAAAAUAUCUUAAAUUGUGUUCUGAAGACAAACAAAGCUUUUACAGUUUUGGAACGACAUGGGGGUAAGUGAUUAGUAACAAAAUAUUCACUUUUGGGUAGAGUAUCCCUUUAACACAUUGGUCUUGCAAUCAAAUUCUGGAUGGCCACAGUGCUGCAUAGUAAAGCUCCAACACUAAUCAAAUACACCUGCUCCAUCUAAUAAAGCUCUUCAGGAUACUAGAAACUUUCAAGCAGGUGUGAAUUAGAGUUAUACUAUUGCUGUGUCCCAAACUGAAGUGCGUGGACUCCGAAGUGAGAAUGUGAAGUGCGAUUGUCACAGUGCCAUGACGCAAGCUGUCCCAAAGUCAGAUGGCACACUCUGAAGACCGCAUUCCAAGGCUGAUUGCGUCACCGCGGCGUGAAGUAGGCUGAUGAAUUGCAAAAGCAACUUAAAUGCGCCCUUCAUUUCCUAGGAAGAUGGAAGUGUACAUCUGAUGACAACGGUUGUUACAUUCAAAGAGCACGGAAGUACAAUUCUGGAGAAAGUGAGUCUGCUGGGGAAGGACUUAUAGAAAGAUUGCAAGUGUCCUGGGACAGGUUUCUUGCCACUGGGGACUCAUUCAGGACCAUAGCAUCCAGCGACAGGGUUGGUGUCUCCACGGUGUGCCAGAUUGUCCCCCAGGUAGUGAGUGCUAUCUGGGACUGCCUUGUGGAAGACUACAUGGCUGUGCCCACCACUGAUGACUGGAGGUCCAUCGCAGAGGGUUUCCAGGAGCAGUGGAACUUCCCUCUGUGCUGUGGAACGGUGGAUGGGAAGCAUGUGGUGAUGAAGGCACCCCCCAACACAGGAUCCCAGUUCCACAAUUACAAGGGAACCUUCUCCAUUGUUCUCCUUGCAGUUGUAGAUGCGAAGUAUCGCUUCCGGGUGAUCGAUGUUGGGGGGUACAGUAGGACCAGUGACAAGUCAAGUCGUUCAGUCCAUCACUCAUUAAGCCAUUUACAAAAACAAGCCCAAGGAAAGAGACAGGGGUAUGAAGAAGAGGCGCUCGGAAAUCCUCACUGAUACACCAGUGAAGCUGGCAUUGGAAGAGGAGAAGCAUCAAAACGGGAAAAACGUCAGAAAAAAAAUCUUGGGGAGUGAGAAAAGCGAAAACAAGAAGGUAAAAAAAACCUGCCGGGAAAAGGGUGAAGGCUGAUAACUCAUCUUCAGAAGAGGAAAAUUUCUGUAUCAUCUGCAUGGAACCAUUCAGAAAUUCAAGAUCCAAAGAAGUGUGGGUCAGGUGUGUUUUAUGUAGCUUUUGGGCCCACCAGGCAUGCACUCCAGGCCUGACCAAUUCAAUUCUGAUUAUUUGUUUGUCCUUGUCAUCAUAGUGACUGAUAAAGAAUGCAUUUUAUUUGUUCAUUCUGUGGAGUGGGGAUAAAUGUUUAUGUUCAUUUGCUCUCACUCACACACACACACACACACCCAUAUGA